GGGGAGAAAUCCGUGGCCGAACUGCAUUUACUGGGCGGCAACAUCACUCCAGGCUGUGCCACCGGCAGUGAUGGGGGGCCCCGUGGCCAAGGGGGCUGGUGGUUGGAAGGCGUGGCCUCUUUUCCUGAGGUAGCUGUUGGCCUUUCUGCACCUGGACCUGCUCAGGACACAGUCAUCUGACCUGACCUCGUUCUUUCUGCUUGUUCAAGGCAGGGCCUUGCUCCCCUUGACCUUGGAGAUUUUAGCUCUGUAUUGAAUGGCUCGAUGAUGGGUGGUUUCGGGAGCACCUAAAAGCUGUUUCGAAGGGGUGGCCCCAUGUUCCCACGUGUUCAGUGGGAGAAAAAAUUAGUGCAGCUUCUCUGGAGGCCGCUCUGGCAGCGUUUACCCAGUUAAAAGUCAUUUGGGUUGUAGGCUCCGUGGUGAGCAGGCAGGGCCCCUCCUCAGCGUCUGUUCCACAGACACCCCCGUGUGAGCACAGCUCCGUGUCCCUGAGCCUCCCUCCCUGCAGGUCACCUGGCAGGCUCCCCGUCCCCCGAGCUCCAGCCACCUGCCCCACCCUGCCUCGGGACACCCGUCCCCACGCGGAGCCGGGUGGUCUUGCCACCUCCCAGCACUGGGACACUGGGGCCAGGUCACUGCUGCCGGACGCCAGGCCUGCGGUGCUCUGAGGGCCAGCGCAGCGGGCGUUCCAGCUGCUUCUGUGAGGACUUCAUCAUUGUCCCCAUGAGCCUUCCGUGAACCACUAGGUUUAAUUGCGAGAAGAAGGCUAUCUCAUUUUUAUUUGCCUCUGUCGUUUUGAGACAUUAAAGAGCUACAGAAAAUUACAGAUACCCUGUAGGUCCACCAUCCAGAACAAAUAAUUUUAAUAUUUUCCUCUUUUUUUCUAUUUUUUUUCCUUUUCCUUUUUUGUACCAAAGAAAAUGUUAAUGCUGAGGUUGAAAUACCUCCAUUUGAAAAUAUAAAUGUCAUUUAUUAGACUUUUAAAAUCUGAUUACAAAAGUCGUACGUGCUCAUUGCAGAAAAUCUGGAGCAAAUUGAGCAGCGCUAAGAAGAACACGAAAGCCACCUGUGGCCCUGCUGCCUCGUGUCCACCUGGAGGCUCACCUUCCUGUCUCUGGAGGGACGUCCCUCCCCUGAGCAGCGCUGCGGGGGCGGGUGCAGUCGGGCCGUGGCCCAGCCCCACACGCGUGUGUGUGCCCUGGCCUCCUCAGACCUUCCGGACCACCUGGCUUAGCCAUGGUUUUUCAAUAUCAGAAUUAACCCUGCAGUGAACACCCCACAGUGAACCUUUGUGUACACGGCUGAUUAUUUCCUUAGGAUACAUUUAAAAAACAAAACCGUGGGAACAGAGGGCUUGCAUUUCCUGUUUUCAUGUCGCAUCUAGAAGGGACUGCUGAGUGCCCUCUUUGGACGGCUGAGCCGUCACUAGGCUGGGGGUGCCGCCCAGUUAAUGUGUGGUGUCUCUUGGGGCAGCUCCCAGCACGGACUUGGCCUUCCCUGCCCAGGGCCUUCCUCACCACCUGUGGUGUCUCAGAGUGGGUCGGUGUGCUGCAGCCAGCCGGGCCUGGGUCUCGAUGCUGUUUCUCCAGUUGCUCUGUGGCCUUGGGCAGGUGGCUUCACCUCUCUGUUUUUCUUGGAGGUGCUGCUCUGACUGCCUGCCCCCGGUAUCCGUCCCCAGCCCACUGUGGAUUUGCUGCUGUGGAGUCAGAAGUCAGCUAGCCCUCCCACCCCUGGCCAGGGAGGGAGGGGAAGUGGCGGUCAGCCUGUCUUCCAGUUUUCAUUUCAAGUUCUCAGACCCCAGCUUCUCUCUGACUGGCCCCCCUCAGUGUGGUCCAGUCCCUGGGGCCCCAGGGGGAGCAGGCAGAAAGCUUGCCCUUCCUAGGCCCCUCACGGGGUGUCUGGACAGAGGAAGGCUGAGCCGGUGGGUGUCGCCGGCAGCAGCUGUGACAUUGCCUGUGAAGCUCUGUGAGGCCUGCCAGGCAGAGGGGUGGGAGCAGCAGCCACUCCUGGCUGUCCGUCUGUCUGUCCUCCACGGCACCCAGUGCCUGAGUGCUGUGCUCCUAAACACCCCAGAAAAUGCUGUCACUUCAGCGGGCACCCCCGAACAUCUGUCUUGCGUGGUCACCAACAAGACUCAGGCCUCGGGCCGUAACCCAGAAACGUUGUGCGACAGGUUCCUAGGAGUCCAUGGCUCGGCACGUGUUCCAGAGCAGAAGCGAGCCCAGUGCCUGUGCUCCGCUCGCCGGAAUUUCCAGGCCCCGCUGCUGGCGGGGAGGGAACACAGCCAGCCCUUGAACCAGGCGGGGGUCGGGUGGGCGUUAGGGGCGACCCCACAGCCGAAAAUCCGAGUGACUUCACAGCCGGCCCUUCCUGCACACCCCCGCCCUCCGUAUUCACACUCGUGUACCGGCACUUUGUGUCUGCUGCUGCGACGCUGCCCCGCGUGGUGAUGUCCCUCCGGCGCCUGGCCUGGGCCUGGCCUGGGCCGUGUUGGUGGCCAGCCCCCCGGAGGUGCAGAGGACGCGGCGCCCUGCACACGGCCCCGGCCGCGCGCUCCGACAGCAGCACGCUGGGCUUCCGCCGCGCCCUGGGCUUCGGGGACAGGAUCGCCCUCGUCGACCAGCACGGCAGCCACACGUACAAGGACCUCUACUCCCGCAGCCUCUGCCUGUCCCGGGAGAUCUGCCGGCUCCGUGGCUGUGCCGACAGGGACCUGCGGGAGGAGAGGGUGUCCCUCCUGUGCAGCAAUGACGUCUCCUUCGUGGUGGCGCAGUGGGCCACGUGGAUGAGCGGCGGCAUCGCCGUCCCCCUCUGCAGGAAGCACCCCCAGGCUCAGCUGGAGUACUUCAUCCGGGACUCGCGCAGCUCCGUGGUCCUCGCCGGCCCGGAGCACGUGGAGCUCCUGAGCCCGGUGGUCCAGAAGCUGGGGGUCCCGCUCCUGCCUCUCCCGCCCGCAGUCUACCACGGGGCAGCCGAGGACCCCGGGGAAGGCCGGCUGCCAGAGUGGGACUGGAGAGACCGGGGCGCCAUGAUCAUCUACACCAGCGGGACCACGGGGAGACCCAAGGGCGUCCUGAGCACGCAUCAGAACAUCAGGGCCGUGGUGACGGGGCUGGUCCGCAAAUGGGCCUGGACAAAGGACGACGUGAUCCUCCACGUCCUCCCGCUGCACCAUGUCCACGGCGUGGUCAACAAGCUGCUCUGUCCGCUCUGGGUGGGCGCCACCUGCGUGAUGCUGCCCGAGUUCAGCGCUCAGCUGGUUUGGGAAAAGUUCUUAAGCUCUGAAACUCCACGGAUUAAUGUGUUUAUGGCAGUGCCUACCAUAUACAGCAAGUUGAUGGACUAUUACGACAAACAUUUUACCCACCCUCAUGUCCAGGAUUUCGUGCGUGCGGUUUGUGAAGAAAAAAUCAGGUUGAUGGUCUCGGGCUCGGCCGCCCUGCCCCUGCCUGUGCUGGAGAAGUGGAAGGGCAUCACCGGCCACACUCUGCUGGAGAGGUACGGGAUGACGGAGAUCGGCAUGGCCCUGUCCAACCCCCUGACCGCAGCUCGCCUGCCAGGCUCUGUGGGGACCCCGCUGCCCGGCGUCGAGGUGCGCAUUGUGUCAGAAAACCUGCAGAAGGACGGCUACCCCUACGUUGUCCACGCGGAGGGAAAUGAGGAGGACACCAAGGUGACCCCAGGGUUUGAAGAGAAGGAGGGGGAGCUCCUGGUCAGGGGGCCCUCUGUGUUCCGGGAGUACUGGGACAAGCCGGAGGAAACAAAAACCGCCUUCACCUCGGACGGCUGGUUCAAAACAGGUGACACGGCCGUGUUCAAGGACGGCAACUACUGGAUCCGCGGCCGCACGUCCGUGGACAUUAUCAAGAGUGGCGGCUACAAGGUCAGCGCCCUGGAGGUGGAGCGGCUCCUGCUGGCCCAUCCCAGCAUCACGGACGUGGCUGUGAUCGGAGUUCCAGAUGUGACGUGGGGCCAGCGGGUCACCGCAGUGGUGACCCUUCAAGAGGGACACUCGCUGUCUCACAGGGAGCUCAAAGAGUGGGCCAGUGGUGUCCUGGCCCCGUACGCGGUGCCCUCGGAACUCCUGCUGGUGGAGGAGAUCCCGCGGAACCAGAUGGGGAAGGUCAACAAGCAAGACCUUGUCCGGCAGCUCUACCCGCGCGACUGGGCUGCCCCCGAGACUGGGCGCCAGUGAGCCGGCUUCCUGCCUGGCCACGCCUGACCGGAAGGAAACCGCCUCGUGCCCUCUGUCCCCGCCUCGUGGCCAUGGCACACCGCACAGCUCCAUGUGCUCUGCAGUCCCCGCCUCCCAGGUCCCCGCGGGUCUGGAGGUGUCACCGGGGAAGCAGGUCUCCCUGGAGACUCAAUAAAGGCUCCACAGAGAAGCAGACACCUGUCCUGCGCUCCUUCCCAGGGCCUGCGUGGUCCCCGCCCACGGCACAGGGAGGGCCCGGUCUGCACGCGUGUGCACGGUGCACAGGGCGGGGGUCUCUCUGGUGGACACGGACGAUGGUCCUGGGCGUCCAGGGGAGGGCGUUUCCCACCACACGAGCACCUUGCUGGGGUGUCCGGCACCUGUAGCCCUGGCAGAGGCUCUCUAGGCCUUCAGGGCCAGGGACGCAGCUCAUGUGACCAGAGGACCCUCGGCCCCCAGAGGGGGCCUCCUGGACCAGGGGUCGGCACACUCUGGGACGGGCCAGGGGGCCAGUAUUGGGCUCUGGGGCCAGUGUUCUUGUCGAGGCCGCAGCCCGGGCCCCACAGACCUCCCUCCCCUCCCCUGUACUGCUCCCUCCACGACACCCCCUGCCCCCGUUGGUCUUUGGAUGUCUCCCUCUCCUUCCCAGACCCCCCCACACCUGCCCCUGCUGCCCGGCCCCCAGGCUCCCUGCCCUCCCCAGCCAAGGGCAGAGGCGCCCUUGGAGGCCCAGGUGUCGUGGGGAGGAUGGGCGGAAGCCAGGACAGAGCCGAGGACCUGGUGGGCAGCACGUGGGGGCCAGGGCUGCUCCCCCACCCUGUGCGCACGGCCUGUGACUCCGCGAGGCCGGCCCUGGGCACGGCGUUUGCUCGGAGGAACGUCCACCCCAGCGCCCUCCUGCCCGAGCCCUGGACACGCACUGGUCACCCGCCUGUGCAGCAGGCCAGACUUCCGGGCUUGGCGCUGGCCCGCAGCCCAGUACUCUCAGGGCAGCACCGGACACUGUGGCUCCUGCUGUCCUCGUGUCCUGGGACCUGGGGACCACGAGCUCCUGGGAAGAAUCAGUUCCCACGUCCCCAGAUCUUUACCUCAUCCCACUGGUUUGACUCUGUCUGUCUUGAUACUGAAAAUGUGAUUCCUGAAAACGUUCACGCCAUCAUCUGCCUUCUGCUAUCGUCUGUACAAAAUACUUUCCGAAGAAUAAUGGUCAUCUUUGACCGAGAACAAGACCGGCCUGGGACGCUGACAGGCUCUUAGACCACGUCCCUCAGGAUGCAGAACGUGGCCUGGCCCCUGCCCAACCUGCCUCCUCGGCGCCCUCGGGCCAGGUCCAUCCUCUGCCGCUCCUCACGUGGGUCCAGCCCAGCCUGGCGGGGGCCCUGGCCUGGCCCUGGAGACAGACAGAGACCCACUUGCUAAGCCAGCAUGGCUGAAGGUCCCGAGGCUUUGGGAAAGUUCCCGGGGCUGGAAAUGCCUCAGCCUGGCGGCUCCGUGUUGCCCUGCGCUCGACUCCCAAACCAAAGCCAGGGGCGGGCACCCUGGGCUCUGUCAAACCCGUAGUGCUUGGAUCUCGCUUGGCUGGCCUCCUGGGCACAGCGGGAAUGGACAUGUUGAGAGGCAGUGGGAAGAUAAGGGCGCCUGGCAGGGGCUGCUCCUCGGACGCCGCUCCCUCGGGGGCAGGGGGAAGGUCCGCGGUGGAGGGUCCGCACCUGCCACGUCCCUCCCUCCGGACAUAAACCUGCCGGGUGUUCAAGGCUCUGCUGCCGUCUGCCUGCAUUUAUUCCCCAGAGCUCAGCAUCCGCGUGAGAUGCGCAGAGGGCCCGCUGAGGAGACCCCGGGGGUCGGGCGGGCGGGCUUGAAACGGCCGCAGAAAUGUCAGGGCUGACACCGCGACACCUCAGGGCCCACGCGCCCCCUGCGCCACCCCCCGCCCCGCCCCCCUGUUCUGUGACGUGAGGCUGCUGCCCCCUCAGGGCUCCGCCCGAGGACGGAGGCCUGAGCUCCCCGUGGGAGCCAAGGUGGGCAGCUGCCCGCUGGACCCUGUGCUGUGAGGGGGCGGAGCCCAGGGAGGGCGUGGCGAGGAGGAAGGGGGAGCCCAGGCCCCACGAGCGACGACAGCCCAUCUCGGGGAGGCCCGGACCAGUGUCCCCGGACAGAGAGCCCACCCCAGGGCUGGUCGGGAGCGUGGACGCCACAACAGCAGGGCUGUCCCAAGGGAGCCGGGCCUGCCUCUGCCGGUGCCUGAGGUCCCCCAGACGCCCUCGGAUGCUGGGACCACCCGUGAGGCCCCCAGAGUUGUCCACGUCCUGGCCCCCUACGCAGGCCCAGUGUCACCCCCGUGGAGAGGGGCAGGAGCGCAGUAACGCGCAGCCCUUGGCACGCGGCCAUUGCUGCGCGCCUAGUUACUAGGCGACGGUUACCGCGAGACCGCUGACGCGGGCUGUUCAGAGCGGUGGUUAGCGGUCCCGCUAGGCCGGCGGUCGGCGGGGCGGCGGGCCUCCGGUGCGGAGCGAGGUAAGAGGCGGAUGGCGGCCUUCUCUCCGGGGCUCUCCAGACCCUCCGGCCUCGGGCUGGCGGCUGGCGGGUGAGCUGAGGGCCUGGGCACAGGCUGGGGGUAUGCCCUGCAGGGCUCCGCAGCCCUCGCCAAGGCCGCCCACUGGCGGGGCGGAGGCCUUGAGGCGGCCGUGAACCUCUCCGGGGGGGGGGGUUGGCUCUGCCUCCUUCAUUGCGAGCAGGCUGGCUGACUCUUCACACGUUCUCUUGCCCGCGUGGUCUCCAGCAGGAUUGCUAAGGGGGCUGCUGGGGUAGAGAGCUGGUCAUUCUUUCACUGCUUACUUCUUCAUUCUUACUUCUUUUCAUCUAGGAAAAGAAUCAGCGCAGUAGACAAGGCGAGGUGUGCGUUCAGGAGAGCACAAGUCAGGAGUUACUUUCAGUUGCCUGGUGAUCUCAUUCCUAUAAUUAGGUUCUUUUAAGUGUAGAGGGGACAGAAGUGGGCAAACAGGAAAGGGGGGAAAGGGCUGCUUUCCGUGUGCCAAACAUCUGAAAAACUCUGAAUCCCGACGCGCUUCUCACGGGGGCGUUUGGAUGUGAGACUGGGCCCAUCUUACUUAGGGCUCGGAAGGAGGUGGAGGUGGGCCCUGGGACCCUCAGGGCCGGCAGCCUCCUCGGGCCGGGCUGUCUUUGGUGACCAAUUUGGGCUCUUCAGUGGUUACUGGUUUAUUCAAACUCGUUACUUCCAUUUGAUGACCUGGGAUCUUCUGUAAAACCGUGCACUUCAUCCAGGUUCCAGGUUUAUUUGCACAGUCCCUUAUCAAUCUUGCCUGUGCAUCUGGUUAAAGUACCCUUUUGUUUAGCUUCUCCUUUCCUGGUGGCUGGCUGGACCCGCCCUCACGGGCCUCCACCUAGCUGUUCUCCUAACGCCCACCUGGGCACCCCCGUCCUCACCCGGCUCCAAACUCCGGGUCCUUUCUUCUUUGACUUAAUUUCUUAAACCGGGAGUGACUGGAGCACGUUGUCUGCUCCCUGUUUCCCCACUGGCCAAGGGGUUCCUGAGCUUUGGAACUUGAGGCCCUCCUGUGCCCCUACACAGCGGCUUUUCUUUCCCCAGGAGGCAGCUCUUCCUUUGAUAUUCCAGUUCUAGGUGCCCAGGCCCCGCUUAUACCUUAUUAUUAUCUAUUCUGAUGGAUUGUGACUUGCGUUUUCCUGUUAAAUCACACGUUCUCUGAGAUCAGUACCGCUAUCCGGCUUCUGGGGUUGGUAUUUAUUUAUUUAUUUAUAAUUAAUUAUUUUAUUUAUUUAUCUCUGGCUGCGUUGGGUCUUCGUUGCUGCGCGCGGGCUUUCUCUAGUCGCAGCGAGCGGGGGCUACUCUUCGUUGCGGUGCGCAGGCUUCUCAUUGCGGUGGCUUCUCUUGUUGUGGCGCACUUGCUGUAGGCGUGCGGGCUUCAGUAGUUGUGGUGCGUGGGCUCAGUAGUUGUGGCUUGUGGGCUCUAGAGUGCAGGCUCAGUAGUUGUGGCGCAUGGGCUUUAGUUGCUCCAUGGUAUGUGGGAUCUUCCCAGACCAGGGCUCAAACCCGUGUCCCCUGCAUUGACAGGCGGAUUCCCAACCACUGCACCACCAGGGAAGUCCCUGGGGUUGGUAUUUAAAUGGUCCAUCCCUGGGUUCCUUCAUCCCACUCCCACCCACCCCCAUGUGGCUUUGCUCUCUCUUGUGAGCAGCACAGCUGGAUCUGGUGUUUUAAACUCCUGUCUCUCUUUUUUAAAAAAAAUAUUUAUUUAUUUAUUAUUUCUGGCUGCGUUGGGUCUUUGUUGCUGCACGCGGGCUUUCUCUAGUUGCGGCGAGUGGGGGCUACUCUUCGUUGCAGUGUGCGGGCUUCUCAUUGUGGUGGCUUCUCUUGUUGUGGAGCACAGGCUCUAGGUGCGUGGGCUUCAGUAGUUGUAGCACACAACCUCAGUGGUUGUGGCUUGCGGGCUCUAGAGCGCAGGCUCAGUAGUUGUGGCACACGGGCUUAGUUGCUCCGCGGCAUGUGGGAUCUUCCUGGACCAGGGCUCGAAUCCGUGUCCCCUGCAUUGGCAGGCGGAUUCUUAACCACUGCGACAGAAGUCCCUCUGUCUCUCCUUCAGUGGGCAAAUGUAGUCCAUUUAUUAUGAUUAUUGAUGUCUUUAGACUUAUUUCUACAAUCCCCAUUUGCAUUUUCUGCCACCACCUUAGGGAUAUGGCAUUUGUUGUUUUGCCUUCUGUUUCAUUGUAUUGAUAAACUUCUUGGGACUUUCCUAGCGGUCCAGUGGUUAAGACUUCGCCAUCCAAUGCAGGGGAUGCGGGUUCGAGCCCUGGUUGGGGAGCUAAGAUCCCACAUGCCUCAUGGCCAAAAAGCCAAAAUAUAAAACAGAAGCAAUAUUGUAACAAAUUCCGUAAAGACUUAAGAAAAUUCUGUACUCUUUUCUUUUUGCUUAUUUGGAAAUUAUAAACUAAAUUUCUGUUCUUUGAGCGCCUUAAAACGUUUAGAUACUUGCUACAAAGUCUAAGUUGUUCGCAGUAAUGCAGCACGGGGCUCCCCUACGGCUGGGAUGAGGCUCCCAAUACCUGCUCCUCUGCCAUCUUUUUUUUUUUUUUUUUUUAAUCUUUAUUUAUUU